UCUAUCCUAUUUUCCUAUUUAUUCAUAUAUGUGUAUAUAUUUAUAUAUUUAUAUGAAUAGGGAAUAUAAAAGAGAAUUUUCUGUUUCUUUUCUGCAAACAGUACAUCUGCAAAACAUAUUGAUUUGAAAUCCCAAGACAUGAGUGAGUCAGUAAUGAAAAGGUUUGAAAAAAUCGCUUUUCUUUUGAUUUUAAAAGUGAGAAAAGCUAAAAAGGAGAAGAGACUUGAAAGAUUCUUUUAUUACUUGUCAUGUCCUCUCUUUACCAUCAAUCGAGAUAGCAGUAAUGGAGACUUCCUCUUCUCAUUCACUACUACUCGUACGAUUUUUCUUUUCUUUUUCUCUUUUUGGUUUUACGUUGAUUUGGCAAUUUCGAAUCUGGUAGGAUUUAAAACUGGUCUGUUUCGAGUUUUGGAUUUGUUGUUGAUGUUUGUUGGGCAGACGGUGAAGGUGAGGGUUGUUUGGAGCGGUGAUGGCUGAAUGUAGCAGUAGCUGUGGAGGUGGUGUGGGUGGGAGUAAACAGAAUCAGCAGCAGGUGGCUGUGGUUUCUUCUUCUUCGGUUCCGAUCGUUCUUCCGAUUUCUGCUGGGAGAGAUUUGCCUCCGAAUUACUGCCCCUACCCACCGCCGCUUGCUAAGUAUGAAGAAGUCCUGAGUAAUGGCAAGCUCUUCAUGGAUACGCUUGAGAAGCUCCACGCCACCAUGGGAACGAAAUUCAUGGUGCCUACUAUAGGAGGAAAGGAGCUUGAUCUGCAUCGACUUUUUGUGGAGGUGACUUCUCGAGGUGGUCUUGAAAAGGUCAUUAGAGACAGGAGAUGGAAAGAGAUAACUGCUGUUUUCAGUUUCCCCUCGACAGCUACAAAUGCAUCUUUCAUCUUGCGAAAAUACUAUGUUUCCUUGAUUCAUAAUUAUGAGCAGAUUUAUUUCUUUGGAGCUCAAGUUCCUCCGCCAGUUCCAUCUCCUGCCUCUAUUCCAGUUCAAGGGUCGGUGGAACCUGUUCCACCAUCUUCAGAAGCACAGGCUGCUUCCCAGAAACGGAGGAGAAGCAGAGCGGGGGAGUGUUUGCCUGGAGCGAGUCUUCCGUCGCCAGUGGGUUGUCCGGUCUUUGGAGUCAUUGAUGGGAAAUUCGAACAUGGGUAUUUGGUCACUGUCAUGGUUGGCUCGGAAAAGCUAACAGGAGUACUAUAUCACGCUCCUGAAUACUCAGCAGCCCAAAUGGCACAUUAUUCAAGCAUUGCCAACCAUGGUGGAAAUGGCAAUGCUGCCACACCAGGUGUCCGUCGUCGCAGGCGUAGGAAGAAGUCUGAGAUGAGAAAGAGAGACCCUUCCCAUCCAAAGCCAAACCGAAGUGGGUACAACUUCUUCUUUGCCGAGCAGCAUGCCAGAUUGAAGCCUCUUCAUCCUGGGAAGGACAGGGAAAUCAGUAAGAUGAUUGGUGAACUCUGGAACAACAUAAGCGAGACCGACAAAGCUGUUUAUCAGGAGAAAGGUGUCAAGGAUAAGGAAAGAUACAGGAGUGAGAUGGAGGAGUACAAGGAGAGAUUGAAGACAGGCCCGAUUAUCAGAAAUGCUGUGCCAAUCCAGCAGCGGCCAGCAGUGCCGGAGGCAGUUGAUGUGGAACUGAAAAUAGAGAUGGAGGAAGAAGGUUUUCCUGAAACUCCAGGAAAUGACAGCAGUUCCGAAGAAAGUGACUCUGAGGAGGGAAAACUUGCCGAUAAGGAUUCAGAAGUUGGGGCAUCUCCAGAAGCCGGAACAGCAGAAGGAGAUGGUUUUGAGUUACAAAGGAGGAAUCAUGAUGGUUGAAAUGAGAAUGAGGCUGUCAGGGGGUUUGAGCUUGGACAAUCCAUCAUAAUCAAUGAAAAAAGAGGUACUGACCGAUUGGUAUUUAAUUUUAGUUCGGUUAAAAAAAAAAAAAAAAAAAAUUCUAACAAAGAUGUAGUGAGUUGUUCAUAGCUGAUCGGGCAUAGUCUUACUGAUUAAUAUGAGUUUUCUUUUUCAUGUUCCAUUUGAUUGUUUCUUUGAUUUUCUUUGUAAUCUGCAAUGCAACAUGAAGAUGUCUUUUUUGGGGGAGUUAACACAGCUAAUUUAUACAAUCAAAGCUCGAUUUCGCUGGUA